GACGGAUACUCCAUCCCUGUUAGGUAAACAGUAAGUAAAUUAGACGUGGAGUAGUAGAAAGAAAGUAUUGUGUAGAGGAAGCAAAGUAUUUUUGUACAAACAAAGCCACUCCGGCCACUCAUAGAAUAAAUGAAAAUUGAAAGUGAGCAUCCACCAUUCAUUCUUUUGCUGGACUCUGAAGGAUUCAACUCCAACUUUCCUUUUUCUAUCUGCCAUUCUUUUCCCCCUUCAACUCCCACUUCUUGAAAGGUUCAUUCUUUCAAUUACUCUUUUUAGGGUUUUUAUUUCAUUUAAAAAUUUAUGGAAUUUAUCAACCUGUUUCUUUGCUUUCUAUAAGUUGAAGUUUUCCAUUUUAGAAUGGCUGCAAUGGGCGAGGAAUCUCAAGGUCCCAAUUGUUAGUUGUUGUGAAUUUGAGGGUUAUGGAUCAACUAAGGCUUUUUAUAUAAUUGACUUGUUGUGAAACUCAGUCAAUUGAUUAGAUGGGUAAAGAAAACCCAUCACAAACCAACGCUGGUGGAGUUAGCAAUGAAGUUUUUUCUCUUCAGUCUCAAGAUUCAGAGGGGAACUCGCCAUACAGUGCAGACAAGGAGGCAGGCUUGGCAACUUGCCGUGUGUGCCAGUGUGCUGAAUCUGACAAAAGAGGAGAUGCUGCAUUAGGCUUUUUGGGCAUCACUACUCCUUUGAAAGAAUUGCGUAAAAGCAAUGGAGAAUUACAACCUGAUGACAAACAAAUGCAAAAAGAUGGUGAAAGUGCCAAGAAUGUUGCGAGAAAAUCUGAUUUUGUUGAGUUCAUGAGCCCUGAUGGGGAAGUUUUCAUUUGUAAUGCCGAUUUAGAAAUGGGUACAUGUAACAGCCAAGACGCUCUAAUUGAUCUUGGUUGUUCUUGCAAAAGUGAUCUUUCUUUGGUGCACUAUGCGUGCGCCCUUAAAUGGUUUGUUAAUCAUGGAUCCACUGUUUGUGAAAUCUGUGGGCAUGUUGCAAAAAAUAUCAGGAUUUCUGACUUUAAAAAGGUCCUGGUUUCCUUAAAGGAUUAUGAAGCAUUAAGAGAACGAACAGCCAGUGGAGAACCCAAUCCUACUCAGGUGCAUACAAAUCCAGGUGUUGAUCCUGAUGCUGUUGCUGCUAUUAGAAGGCAACGGCUUAGUGAGAUUUCAUUGUGGUUUAGUCCACAUAAUCAUAAUAUUCAUCAUAAUAGUAACUCUAAUGCAGUUUCUCAGUCUGUUUCUGAACAACCUUUGAAUACUGUUACUGAAGAGGUGUUGACUGCUGAGAAUCCUGCAACAAAAUGGGCUGUGGAAGGCACUGGGAUCUUGCUUGCUACUGGCCUACUUACUGUCACUCUUGCAUGGCUCAUUGCUCCUCGUGUUGGCAAGAAAACUGCUAGAAAUGGUCUUCAUAUUCUCCUUGGAGGCAUUUGUGCUUUAACCAUUGUGGUCUUCUUUCGCUUUAUUGUGCUUACUAGAAUCAAAUAUGGACCUGCACGCUACUGGGCUAUCUUGUUUGUCUUCUGGUUUCUUGUGUUUGGUAUAUGGGCAUCACGAACACAUGGCGCGCAUACAACAUGAUUUCUUAUUAAAAUAUUUAUGUAUAUAAAAAGUCAACGUUUUUUGGUUUUGCUAAAUGUUUAAAGAUUUAUGUUGAUGCAUGUAGCUGUUUAGAUCUUGUCAUUAGUAGUGCUUUUAAAUGUAACAAUGAGCUGUGGAUAGCCAUCAAUGGUGUGCAAUGGCACUGGCAUAAUUACUCAUGAAGAUCUUGGUACUUUACAUUAUUUUCUAUCUGGCGAUAUUUUUGUAUAUUUUUGAAAUCCUUA